AUGUCCAAAUAUAUCGAACGCAUCAGGAACCUAAUCCCGGGUCUGCGCCGUCCGGACAGCAAUGGCCCACCUCAAGGAGACGUUACUGUGGAUAUGGGGGAGGCUGAUUGUGGGAAGGAGAAGGACAUGAGAAAAAUGUCAUUCUUCAAUCCACUCGAUCCCGUGCCAAAAUAUGACUUUUAUGCCAAAGACACUUGGGCAGGACGUAUUAAAAAAACCAGACCAUCACUGGAUGUUCUACGCAAACCACCUGAUGAUCUUCCUCCACCACCAGAGGAAGAUGGACGGCCCAAAGUCAAGCUUGUUCGCUUUGGAUGGGUUCUGGGAGUCAUGAUUCGCGCUAUGUUAAACAUCUGGGGAGUCAUUAUGUACCUGCGGCUGCCGUGGAUCACGUCUCAAGCCGGACUCAUUCUGACAUACGUGAUUAUCUUCAUGUCUAUCGUCGUCACAACAAUCACGGCAACGUCGGUGUCCGCAAUCUCCACCAACGGGAAGAUCUACUCUGGUGGCACGUACUUCAUGAUCUCUCGGAGUCUGGGUCCGGAGCUCGGAGCGCCCAUCGGUUUGCUCUUUGCGUUCGCCAACGCUAUCGCCUGUGCGCUCCACACAGUGGGGUUUGCCGAGACCGUCCGAGAUCUUCUCAAAGACUAUGAUUCUCAGAUGGUGGACGAUGUCAAUGAUGUGAGGAUCGUUGGGGCAAUUACUGUCGUCAUUCUCCUCUGCAUCACAUUCGCUGGCAUGGCUUGGGAGGCGAAGGCUCAGAUCCUGUUCUUCAUCGCCAUCAUGCUGUCCUUAAUUAAUUAUUUCGUGGGGACCGUCAUUCCCACCAACAGAGAAAAGGAUUCUGUGGGAUUUUUCGUCUACCGUGGUGACAUUUUCGUGGAGAAUCUGCUGCCUUCCUACCGAGGCCCAAAUGGAUAUUUCUUCAGGUUGUUCGCCAUCUUCUUCCCGGCUGCCACCGGAAUUCUGUCUGGAGUCAACAUCUGUGGAGAUCUCAAGGAUCCAACGGGUGGGAUUCCUAAAGGGACCCUGCUGGCCAUACUCUGGACCACCUUGAGUUAUUUAUUGAUCUCAGUCACGUGUGCUGCAACUGUUGUAAGAGACGCUUCUGGGAAUGUGAACGAUAGUUUAGCCCUGACAAAUUUCACAACCCACUGCACCGGCCUGGGCUGUAAAUUAGGCUGGAAUUUUGACCGGUGUGAACAGAACCGCACAUGUAGCCAUGGACUGGCAAACAACCUCCGGAUUCUUACCACUGUUUCAGGAUGGGGCAUUUUGAUCACCAUUGGGGUCUUUGCUGCCACCUUGUCAUCAGCGCUGGGUUUCCUGGUGUCUGCUCCCAAAAUUUUCCAGUGUUUGUGUAAGGAUAACAUCUACCCCUUCAUCGGCUUCUUUGGAAAAGGUUACGGGAAAAACAACGAGCCUCUGCGAGGCUACUCUCUCAUGUUUUUCAUCGCUUUGGCUUUCAUCCUCAUCGGUGACCUGAACACAAUCGCUCCUCUGAUCUCCAACUUCUUCCUCUGCUCUUACGGCCUCAUCAACUUCAGCACCUUCCAUGCGUCGGUCAAUCAAUCACCUGGUUGGAGGCCAGAGUAUCAUUACUAUUCUCCAUGGACGUCUCUGUUUGGGUCUUUCUUGUCAUUCAUCCUCAUGUUUCUGUUCACAUGGUGGGCCGCUCUCGUCACUUUCUUUAUCGUCCUCUUCCUCCUUGGCUACGUUACUUAUACAAAACCUAAGGUGAACUGGGGCACGUCUUAUCAGGCAGGUUUCUACAACAUGGCUUUGUCCUUCUCGAUGUCUUUGUCUGGUGUUGAAGACCACGUCAAAAACUACAGGCCUCAGUGUCUCGUUCUGACCGGUCCUCCUAACGUCCGUCCUGCUCUGGUGGACUUUGUGGGCACUUUCACCAAAAACAUCAGCCUGAUGAUCUGUGGGAACAUUAUCCUGGAGGAUGAGAAGUCCAGUUUCCCGCAGCACAGCUCCGAUAUGCUGGUGGACUGGCUCAAUCAGAGGAAAGUUCGUUCUUUCUACACGUCCUUCACCGCUGACAGUCUGAAAGAGGGCACACAUAAUCUCAUGCAGACUUCAGGUCUCGGUAAACUGAAGCCCAACACUCUGGUUUUGGGAUACAAGAUGAACUGGCAGGAAUGUAAACUGGAGAGCUUACAGGACUACGUCAACACCAUCAGCGAUGCAUUCGACUCCAGCUACGGCAUCGCGAUCCUGAGAAUGAUGGACGGAUUGGACGUAACAGAUAAUGUGCACAGUGCAGGUGGAUCAUCUGCAAUUGACAAUCCGGCAUUCGACGGAGAGGAAGUCCAAUACGAAAAGGAUGAGACCGACCGGAAUUCAGAUAUUUCUGACGAUGGCUCGAAUGAGCAGGUCAGAUCGGUGUUUCAGACGAAACAGGGCAGGAAGAGCAUCGACAUCUACUGGAUCUCUGAUGAUGGAGGUCUGACUCUUUUAGUGCCAUAUUUGUUGACCAGAAGAAACCGCUGGAAAAAGUGCAAACUUAGAGUGUUUAUCUUAGGAGACCAGGAGACCAUAAAGGAAGACCGUAAAGACAUGAAGAUGCUGUUAAAGAGAUUCCGGCUGGAGAUCGAGGACCUUGUCAUAAUAACAGACGUGGAUAAAACUCCUCUAGCGAAAAAUUUGCAGCGGUACGAGGAAACCAUCGCCCCCUUCAGGCUGAGUGAAGAACAGGCUGGAGGAGACGUACAGGAGCUCAAGAGACUGAGUCCAUGGAAAAUAUCCAACAAAGACCUGGAGGCCAUACAACCAAAGCUGGAGAGGACAGUGAGACUAAAUGAGAUAAUCAAGAAGAACUCGAUUCACGCUGCUCUGGUUGUAAUUUCUCUUCCAGUCCCUGAUGUCUCCUGUCCUAGUUCUCUCUAUAUGUCCUGGAUGGAUGCUCUGAGCUACGGCAUCCACUGUCCCGUCCUGCUCAUACGAGGAAACCAGGAGAACGUCAUGACCUUCUACUGUCAGUAA